GCUAUUGUUGUUGUUGUUGUUGGCUCGCUAACUUGUGUAGCUGAAUUAGCAAACUACUACUAGCUAUUGUUGUUACAACAGAUUACAUUAAGUCACCAUACGGAGGCAGGUCAUGGUGACUCGUACACAGAAAAAGAUGAUAAGAUACGUGGAAGAGGGCAGUUUAAUGAAGCUGAAGUCCUACUUGCGGAAACACUCCGACCUCGACGUCAACUUCUCCCAGGGGAAAAAGCGCAGGACUCCCCUGCACCUGGCCUGCUCGCUUGGUGAUGACGCCAUCCUCCGGCUUUUGUUGAAGCAUGGAGCCGACAUCCUUCUGAAAGACAAGAAAGGGGACACACCUCUACACAUCGCUGCUAACAAGGCUCUGAAACAUGGCAAAAGAGGUGAUGGACUGCCAGUAUUAGCUACUAAACAACAAAAAUAUGUAGAAUAAUAAAAACAUGCUUUAACCUUGUUCUUCUUUUUUAUCCCCUAUUAUCAUGUAGUAUAUGAUGACCUCGUAGUGCCCCUUCAAAAGAGUUGCCCAGAUGCCAUGGUUGCACCAAAUAAUGCAGGAAUUACACCUCAUGACCUACUGCAAUGGAUGAAAUUUGAGAAGGUAUGAAUGUCUCGGCCAUAUGUAUGUGUUUCUAAUAUGUGUUUUAGGAGAGUGUUGGGACAUAACCUCGUACAACCAUCCAGAAGUCUUGCACGCUUCCAUUCGGUAACCAGUCUGGUAAUUACGAGGCUAGGGGCAUGGCUGUAUGGUUGUAUUGUGUGUACUGUAUAUCCCUGAGCACUGAUGUUUAUUUUCUCCAAAAGACUGCACCGAAGGGGAACACUUCUAAAGAAAAAGACGCUGAGAAAGAGUGGCAAGAGAAGCUCUUUGGGGAAUGCCAGGAUGAGUUCUUUGAAACCUUUGGACAAUAUGAUGGUAAGGUGGCAAGAUUUCACUCCUGAAUAAUCUGAUUUGAUUUAGAUCAUUGUCCAUUUGUCAUUGUUGUUGUUUUUUCUCUUACAGCAGAUUAUUUAUUUGAGGAGGAUGCCGAUGAGGAGGACUUUCAAGACUGGGCAGAUAGAAUUAGACAAGAGUAUGUCACAAAACGGCAUGCAGAAGCUCAAAGACUGGCAUCCUCAGGCUCUCAUGGGAAGAGGAAGAAAGGGAAGAAAGAGGCAGAGGAGGAGGAGCGGGCUAACAGAGAGCUGCAUGAGAGGCUACAGAGGGAGCAUGAAGAGUACCUGGCGCGUGCCGCACGGAAAGAAGAGGAGACACGUCAGGGGAAGAAGCAGCGCUACGAGGAGCGAUGUGCAGCUACCUUUAGCACUGACACUGCAGCAGCAGUCACCACAAAGCUGAGUUAUGGGGACAUCCCCUGGCCGGCACCGAAGGGUUCAGUGGAGGAGAUGGUGGAGGUGAUGUUGCAUGGCGCAGACAAGAAAGAUGUUCCAGUGUUCCGUAAACUGCUCCGGCGCCAGCAGGCUGUUUGGCACCCAGAUAGGUUUGCCCAGCGCUGUGGGGCUCGGCUGGAGGAGGGAGACAAGCAGAGGAUCCUGGACACUGUCACUGCUCUCUCACAGGAGCUCAAUAGACUGGCUCAGAGCCUCAGGUGACAGUCAGAUUGGAAAGGGUCUUCUGAGAUGUUGAACAGUCUGUCAUUUAGCCACAACUAUUGCCCUGCAUAUACAGGACUGGCCAUCUUUCCUGUGGAGGUCAGUCGUUUUAACCUGUCAAAAAAAAUCUCCACUUGAAGCACCUCAUUUCUUGGAUAAACUUGGCUAAGCUUCUUAAAUGGUAACUUAGUCUUGUCACCAUGCCAAAGUGUUAAGUGAAUGACAUAUUUCUCUGACUGUUGUGUACUUCUUGGCACUACUAUAGGACUUUAUGGAAGAGAUGAUGUUGCUAGAGAAAAUAAAUAUUUACAGUGCCUUGUGAAAGUAUUCAUGCCAUGACAGUUUUCAUUUCUCAAAUUGAUUAAAAACAAAUAACCUGUGAUUUCUUGAUUGCUUAAGUAUUGCUUGAAUCAAUACUUGGCAGAAGCACAUUUGGCAGAAAACUGCCAUUAAACUUUAUGCACACCUUUGUGCAACAUUUAUCCAUUCUUGGAAAAAGUUGUGCUGAGUUGGUUAGGGAUCAUUGAUGGACACUGGACAUCAAUCUUCAUGUUUUAUCACUGAUUUACAAACUGUCAGAACUGAGAAUAUUUGUACCCUCAAAUAAAUGUUAAAACAAGUUGUGUAAAGCCUGUGUGUAGACAAAAUU